AUGCAGGAGUUCCUUGCCGCGGCCGAUCGUGCGCAGCAAAUCGCGGAAUCUCUAUGCGAGAAGAGUGACAGCUUCCGAAAACCCGGGGGCAUCAUCGUCAGCAUUGUCGGCAUUGACUUCCAGGAAAGAUACAUAGUCGCUGCGACUUUCCAGACUUCGCACCAUAUGGUAGAUCUCUGGUCCUUACACUUGCACCAUGUCUAA